AUGGAGAAGCAAUUGACUUCUGAAGAGGUGCCGGUCAGCCUGUUUUCCCGAGUGUUGACCAUGCCAGGUCUCGAUUGCUUCAACAUCAUAACCCUUGGUCUAAGAUUAAUGUUCCACACUUCCGUCGAAGUUAUAAAGUCUAUAGUUUUCAUAUGCUGUGGGAGGAACACUACUACUCGUCUUAUGGGUAAACCAGGAUUAAUGAAUAAGUUUAUUCAUCAAGUUAUUAGUUCGAAUGAUGUUAAAUUGGUGAAGAACGCCAUGAAUAUGACAAUAAAUGAUGUUCUUUUCGGGAUGGUGCAAGCUGGUCUUUAUGAUAUUUGCAUCAAAGAUAUGGCAAUUUCUACGUCAAGAAAAUCUCUAGACGAAAUAUGUCUUCAUGGGGUUGUUUUCUUCAACCUAAGGCCAAACAGAAAUAUAGAGGAUUUGGCUAAUAUGAUGGCAAAAGGUUCGAAGUGCAGAUGGGGAAACUCAAUAGGUUUUGCUCUCAUUCCUUUGUGGUUGAAGUCAGAGGAAAAUAUACUUGAAUACCUUCGACAAGCUAAAACUACUAUGGAUCGCAAAAAACAUUCCCUGGAACCUCUAUUUUUCUAUGGGUUGAUCAAAUUAACCGUGGAGGCUUUCGGAGUACCGGCACUCAAAUCCCUUGUAAUGAGAAUGUUUGGUACCACAAUGAUGAUGUUCUCAAAUGUCGUUGGCCCAGAAGAAGAAAUUAGCCUUUUCGGCCAUCACAUAUCUUACAAUGCUGCAAAUAUCUUGGGUGCACCACAGACACUCUACAUCAGUAUUCAAAGCUACGUAAACAAGGUUAUUAUUAAUGUUGGAGUUGAUAUCGACGUGAUUCCAGAUCUUCAUCACUUAUGUCAUCUCAUGAUCAAAGCACUUCACGCAAUGAAAUCGGCUUCCGUAGAAAGAAGCUCUAGAGAUUUGGAGGUUUAG